CAUUGACCAUCCGUUGGAAUUUCUCUUCUCUUGUGAAUUGGGAAGUGUGAGAGACUGAAGUUUUUAUGAGUACUCCUGCCAGAAGAAGACUGAUAAGGGAUUUUAAGAAGCUGCAACAAGACCCUCCCAGUGGUUGUAGCGGUGCCCCUUGUGAAAAUGAUAUCAUGCGCUGGAAUGCAGUCAUUCUAGGUCCAGAAGAUAGUAUUUGGGAAGGCGGCACUUUUAAAUUAACUUUUCAAUUCACUGAAGACUAUCCUAAUAAACCUCCUACCGUGAAAUUUAUUUCCAAAAUGUACCACCCCAAUAUUUACUCGGAUGGAAGUAUUUGUCUCGAUAUUUUACAAAACCAGUGGAGUCCUAUCUACGAUAUUUCAGCGAUUUUGACUUCCAUUCAGUCUCUUUUGUGUGAUCCUAAUCCUAAUUCGCCUGCAAAUUCAGAGGCAGCCAGACUCUAUCAGGAGAAUCGAAGAGAAUAUGAUCGUCGUGUGCAAGAAGUUGUAGAAGAGUCGUGGAAAGGAUAGUCUAACGUCUAUGUUGGAGAAGAAGAAGAAUAUGAACAACAAAAUAUAAACGAUGGAAUCAAGUUUCUGUGUUGUA